AUGACUCUUUGCUUGACAGGUACGCCAAUUGAUGUGACCGUUUAUGACAUUCAGCGUAUAUCGAUUAUCGCCGAACAUAGUCAACCUGUCGUCGUACGAACGACCGUUGCUUAUAAAGUAAAUACCAGUCAAGCUGGCCAAGGUCAAUUGAAAGUUGAACUUGUUCAACCUCAGACAUCAAAAAUUCCUUGUCGAUGUCACAUACAAGAAAUCAACGCUCAUGAAUAUCUCGUUCAAUACAUUCCAGUGGAACCUGGCCGUUAUCAAUUACGUGUCCUAUUCAAUAACCAACUUGUUCAGGGCAAAACUCUUGAUAUUGACGUUCAUUCGUCAUUACCACAAAUAUCAAAAACUGCUGGCACAUCUUCGAACGUUCGAAUCCAACAGAUUCUUCCAACGAGUACGCCUGACGUUGGCGAUGACAUUUGUUUACAAGUCAAUACAGAAAAUCCUUCACUCUCAUCAAUUCAAGGUCAUGUUUCGUGCAAUGGAAUGUCUGUUCCACAUAAACUCGAACGCACUAAAGAUACAUCCGUUUGGCACUUGAAAUUUCGUCCUUUUGUACCUGGCACUUACAAAGUACAACUGACUCAUAAUGGAUUAGCUCUGACCAGUUCACCGUAUCUAAUUCAAGUCAAAGAUACAAAUGGAAAAGUAGUUCUUUCUGGUCUCGAACAAACUCUAUUAACGAAUUCUCCAUGUGUAAUAGAAGUUCAUGCUGAAUCAACAUCGAAAACACAAAUUCAAGCGGUUGUCCUUCUCGGUACUCGACAAAUUCCUUCGACAACAACAAUUGUUAAUGAGAGUCUUGCUCGAAUCAAUUUCAUUCCACAGGAGCCAGGCGUUUACUCAGUUCACGUUUCAUGUGCCAAUCAGCCCAUUGAAGGUUCACCGUUUUCUAUUCGUGUGGAACGACCACGUGUUGUUCAAAUCUCCGGCGAAUGCUUCCCUCGUUUACGUCUUAACGAUUUGGGAUUAUUCCGCAUUCAUUGCCAUGGACAACGUGGUUCAAUUCAAGCAAAAAUAUUUAACCUUUCCGCAGGCGAUCGAUACGACAUUGGUCAGACAAUUUCAUUUCAAUUGCAUGAUACUUAUGAACAUAUAAGUCAAUUUCCAGCACAGAUACUUUUGAAUUCAUUCACAGUGUUAUUGGCGACGAGAUUGAAAUUAACACAAGAAAGAAUAAAAAAUGUGCUUCUUGGAAAAGACAAUGGACGUGCAACAGUAUCAUUUCAGCUAUUUGAAAUGCCAUCACAGACACCAACCAACGAACAAGUUAUUCAUCAUUUAAGACAUUUAAUCGAUAAGCAGACUUUGAACUUACUGGAUCCCAAUCGUUGUGUGCUGAAUACAAUUGUGGGAUCAGUUGUUGUCGGACCAAAAGGAGAGCCAGUUAAUGUGAAAUUAUUUCCACAAGCUAGUGGAGACUAUAUCGGCGAAUUCACACCGGCAAAAAUUGGUCAACACCGAAUCGACAUCACAUUCGCAAAUGUGCCUGUACAGGGUAGUCCCUUCUUCACAGAAGUGUACGAUCCAUCACAAGUUCGCAUUGGCCCAUUGCCACGAGACAUUAUUGCUGGAACAGAAAACACCUUCGAGAUCAAUCUGGAUAAUGCGGGCAAUGUUCCACUAGAAAUCAAAAUAUCCUCACCAACAGGUAUCAAUGUUCCUCUCAAAGUUGAUGAUGCUUCAUCACGAUCCACAGUUAAAAAAGUACGCUUUACACCCAAUGAAACCGGUGUACAUUACUUAAAUGCCAAAUUUGGUGCAGAGAUUGUUCCUGGUUCGCCGAUUAAGAUGAUGGUCAAUGAGUCUCGCAUGGUAACAGCUUAUGGCGACGGCAUCCAUCAUGCUUUACACGAAAAACCAGCUUCAUUCAUGAUUGAUACUCAAGAAAUGCAUGGUGAUCUGAAAGUCCGUAUUGAAGGUCCAAAUUCAGUUAUUAAAAAUACACUUGAACGAACAAAUGACAAUCUUUUCAAAAUUCAUGUUUCAAAUAUCGAUGGUGGUGUUGUGGGACACUUGGUGAAAUUUUUCAUUGAUGCAAGUAAAGCGGGUGUUGGUCAACUAGAGAUUGUUGUUCAGGAUGGUUUAUUACCAUGUAAUGCUAUGCCAUAUGAAUCGUGUCGUUUCGAAGCAAUAUUUCUACCAAAUAAAUCUGGGAAACAUACAAUCGAUAUUAAAUUUAAUGGAUUAUCUGUGCCAGGUAGUCCAUUCACGUGUUAUAUCAAUGAUCUCUCUCGUGUUACUGUAUCCGAUAGUUUGACAAGUGCUCAGGUUGGAGUCCCACUCUCUUUUGACAUUCAUCAUUGGGAUUUGUAUGAUGAUCAAAAUCAAUAUGUUCCAUUGGAUAUCUUAAUAACUGGUGAAUAG